CUCGAAGCACAGGAUCUUCCAGAAAUACCACCUCUUCCCGCUAGACCAACCUUCCACAUAUCCCCGAAAGAUAUCACAACGUAUAUCCAACCAUUGGUUUCGCGCCGGUGGAAAAUCGGUCUUAUCUACAGAGGCCGCGAUGAAGAUGAAAUGCUCACUUUGAACAGGCGUUACGAGUUCAAGGGCUUCCGCGGUGUCAUGGACUUUGUUCAAGGACAUCACGGUCGAAUCGUGCUCCAGUAUAACACUGUCGACAUUAUCUCGCACACGCAUUCAGCGUUCACCUUGCACCACGUAGAAAAUGGGGAUUCCAAGCUCGAAAAAGUUCCUGGGCUCACACGGCGCGAUAUACGAUUCGCUAUCAAGAUCGAGGAGUUGUAUGAAACAUUCAAGGAACAAGGGCGCACGCCGGAGUCCGUACCGGCAGCCCUUGGCGUGCUGCAGCACCAGUCUAUGUAUUCAGUGCUACGAAGAUAUGGCGAAGAGCGGACCGUCGCAAAGACGGAGGAUGGUCAAAGUACAUCGACAAGCAAUGCGAUGGAAUUACAGCGUGAGGCCUCAUUGAAUGCUGCUAUGGUCGCUGUUAAAAAUUACCAAGGUGACAACGAUAAGCGAAAGAUAGCUACAGAGGCUGCGCCAAAAUUCGCGCGGCGAAACCAUCGUGCUAAGGAUCCUCUCAAGAAUUCUUUUAUUCAAUUUCUAGGUUCACAACUAAGUCAAGAACGAAGAAGAUUACAUGAAACGAGUAGACAUAAAAGACACCCAGAAGAUCAUUAG